AUUCUACCGAUGAACAUUGUAAAGGUGCUGACGAUUCCCUUGAUGCUAAUUAUUAUAUACCUGCUCCAACUGAUGUUCGAACUGCAUUACAAUAUACCGCACUGACAUCGAUCACUCCAGCUUCAGAAGUCUUAAAAAAUUUACCUCCAUUAUCUGUAUCGUUUGGUGAUUUCCAAACUUUUAAUGCAACGGAUCCCGAGUUUGUUGGAAUUGCUAGUUUAUUGGAAAGUAAACCUUCACAAUAUCCUAAUAUAAAUAUACAGCAACAAAUACAAGCUGUACACAACUUAAUGAAUCAAGUGGAUGUUAGUUAUGUUCGUUUUAAAAAUCCAUCAGUGUCAUCAUCACAUUACUCAGAGAUAGAUCAACAUGCGGUGGAAGCAAUUUUUCAUAAAAUAGACAAAGGAGUAAAAACAAUGGUAUUUGAACAAAAAUCAGAUACUUUAUCGCAAUCAUCAUCAUAUCCGAAGGUGGUAGUAGAAGCCCGACCAAAUUUACCAAAAGUUGAUGAAGAUUUAACUUCUGGUGCAAUUGUACACAAAAUGAAUACUAUACCAUCAAAUUUAUAUCCAAUAGUGGUGGUGGAACCACCAUCAAAUUUGGUUAAAAUGAGUCUAAAUGAAGAUAGAAAGGGUGAUAACUCGGUGAAAAAUCUGAUCAAUAACAUGAGUACAAUAUUUGAGGCAGAGGACUCAUUUGCAUUAGAUCCAUCUUUAAGUGUUAAUUUAUCAGGCUCAUUAAUAUUACUAGUUCCAUCUAGCACAGGGUCAAAUGAACCUUUGCUUACAACAACUGCUAUUAGACAACUUACAAAGCUCAUUAAUAAAGUCAGUCGUUAUAAACGUUUAGAUGAUAUAGAAGUUGAAGAUCUGGCAAGAGUUUCUAAAAUCCUUGAACGUUCUGUUCAUGAGGUUGAAGUACUAGAUGUCUUGCCAAAUUCAUCAUCUUUGAAAGCUCGUUCAAUGACAUUUUUCUCAAAAGUUCGAUCCAAUAAUAAUAAGAAUUCGGAAUCGAUUGAUUUAAAUGAAUAUUAUUUAGAUAAUGAAUAUGAAAACUUAGAUGAUGAUGUUAAAUUGAAACAAAUCGAGGAGAAACUUGAUAAAGUUAUCAAUGGUCUAGAAGCUUCUGUUGCCAUUUUUUCUAUUAUGACUGGCGGAAAAUUAAAUAAACAGCUUUAUCCUGAGGAUUUAAUUACCUCUACUCUAAAUUUAAUAAAAAACCAACUUGGCGGUUUAAUUUAUAGAAUCUUAGAAAUUAAUGUGUCAAGUGAUGAAUUGAGUAGUGAAACUGACUCGCUUAAACGUCAUAUAGUGUCUAUGGUUCCUAUAAUAACUAAUUUUUUACAAAGAUUAUACAACCUGAUGCAACAAGAAGAGCUUUCAGAUACAAUUGUAAUUACAGUUAGCUUUGUUGCGAUUGGACCAUUUUUUGUUGAUACCUAUAAUAGUGGUGGUAAUUCUAUCUUUGGGAAUGGGCUUGAAACUGUUAAAUUGGUUGCGCUUGGAUUAUUACGUUUGCAACGUACAUGGAUAUUAGAAGAAAUUCUCACUUCAUUAAUUAAGUUACCAACAGCCAAACGUAAUCUGAGACAAUACAGAUUGCCUGAUGGUAAGUCCAUUCAAAUGGUUUCUGCACUUAUUUUACAAUUAAUUCAAAGUUGUACUACAAGUAUGAGGAAACUUGGUUCGAAACCAUCUAUUGAUCGUGAACAAGAUGAAGAGCUAUAUGACAUUGAGAUGAAUAAUGAUCCUGGAUGUUUAAAAAAGUGUUGUAAUAGAUGGAAAACAGGAAUUGAUGCAGCAAGUACUAAUGCUGGAUUCGUUUUUAAAUUCUUAUUGGCAAGAUGUACAAAAUCCUUGAAAAACUCAAAUGAAUCCGAAUAUAGGUUACUUUUGGAUAAUUUUAUGGAAGAUGUAAUUGCGGUCUUGAAUUAUCCAGAAUGGCCAGCUGCUGAAAUGAUAGUUAGCAUUUUCAGUAAAAUAUUGGUUGGCUACAUUAAUGAUAACAAGGCAGAUACAGUUACAAAGUCAAUGGCUCUUGAUCAUUUAGGCAUUAUAGCAGGACGUAUUAAAAAGUUUGCAAACACGGGCUUAUUUUCUAGUGAAAGUUUGUCAGAAAGAAAUUGGAAUGAUGAUGAUUUUCGUUUUUGGAUCGACAAAGUUAAAGAUAUUCCCAAGGGAGAGAUCACAAAAUAUACACAAAUUCAAACAGUAAAAAAUCUUUGGGAAUGUCAAAAGGCUAUUUUAACAUUUUUAGAGCUUCUGGCGAUGGAGGAUUCUGGAAUACAGGAACAACACGCAACAAAUUUUCAAAGUGAAUAUCAUGAAGACAAUGAUGGUAAUAAAUCCUCAGUUUUUGAGAUGCAAAAAUUAAUUGAUAAAAUAGUCACAGAAUAUUGGCAGAUGUCAUCGGAUGUUUAUGAUGAUCAAAAUUUAAAGCACAGAUCCCAGGCAUUAGAAAGAAAUAACGUUCUCCUUUUAACUGAAUUACUCGCAACCAGGCAAUCUUUAUAUCAAUACUUUGAUUCAAUUCUUUCAAGGAUAUUGGUAUCAUUAGAUACUGGUGUUGUAGCAUUCAGAACUAAAGCACUAAGGGCUUUAAGCCAAGUUGUUAUUUGUGAUCCCAAUAUUUUGAGCCAAGUUAAUGUUCGUCAAACUAUUGCACAAAGACUCUCUGACAACAGCCCUGCAGUUCGUGAUGCUGCGAUAGAUCUUGUUGGUCGUUAUAUCUCACAAAAACCUGAAAUUACAGAACAAUAUUACAAAGUCAUAAGUGAUCGUGUUUUAGACACGGGUCUUAAUGUACGUAAACGUGUUAUAAAAUUACUUAGAGAUAUUUAUCUCAAAAGUACAGACCAGCAAAUGAUAAUUGAUAUUGGUUGUAAAAUUCUCAUGCGUAUCAAUGAUGAUGAUGAUCAUGUAAAGAAACAUAAACAUUGA